AUGCUAUCCGCCUUGGUGACCACCUACCUAGCGGCUGUCGUCGCCGCCCAGCAAGUUGGCACGCAGCAGUCCGAGACUCAUCCCAAGCUCACCUGGAGCAAGUGCACCAGCGGCGGCAGCUGCUCAAAAACCGACGCCGAGGUGGUUAUCGACUCGAACUGGCGCUGGCUGCAUGAUACCGGAUCCGAUUCGAAGAACUGUUAUGACGGCAAUAAGUGGACAAGCGUAUGCAGUACUGCCACUGACUGUGCGACUAAUUGUGCCCUUGAGGGUGCCGAAUACUCCAAGACAUAUGGAGCCAGCACGAAUGGUGAUGCCCUGACGCUCAAGUUCGUGACAAAGCACGAUUACGGGACGAACAUUGGGUCGCGUUUCUACCUCAUGAACGGAGCGUCCAAGUAUCAGAUGUUCACCCUCAUGAACAAUGAGUUUACGUUUGAUGUUGACCUGUCGACGGUAGACUGCGGUUUGAAUGCGGCGCUGUACUUUGUGGCCAUGGACGAGGACGGUGGCAUGGCUAAGUAUAGUAGCAACAAGGCGGGUGCCAAGUAUGGUACGGGGUACUGUGAUGCUCAGUGUGCCAGAGAUCUCAAAUUCGUUGGUGGGAAGGCCAACGUCGAGGGUUGGGAAGCCUCCACCAAUGACGCCAACGCCGGCGUCGGCCCGUACGGAGCCUGCUGUGCCGAGAUUGACGUCUGGGAAUCCAACUCCCAUUCAUUCGCCCUCACGCCCCACCCUUGCACCGAGAACACCUACCACAUCUGCGAGACGCAAGGCUGCGGCGGUACCUACUCGGAGGACCGCUUCGCCGGAAAGUGCGACGCUAAUGGGUGUGACUAUAACCCAUACCGUAUGGGUAAUCAAGACUUCUACGGCAAGGGCAAGACUGUCGACACGAGCAAGAAGUUCACUGUCGUCACCCAGUUCCAGCAAGACAAGGUCACCCAGUUCUUCGUGCAGAACAACCAGCGCAUCGACAUCCCGGCGCCGACCUACGACGGCCUACCCAGCAGUAGCGCCAUCACACCGGAGUUCUGCACGAACCAGUUCAAAGUCUUUGACGACCGGGACCGCUUCAGCGAGGUCGGAGGCUUCCCGCAGCUCAACAAGGCCCUUCAGGUGCCCAUGGUGCUUGUCAUGUCCAUUUGGGAUGAUCACUACGCCAACAUGCUCUGGCUCGACUCCACCUACCCGCCCGAGAAGAAAGGCCAGCCCGGUGCCGCUCGUGGUGACUGUUCCCAGGACUCUGGUGUUCCUGCUGAUGUCGAGAAAAGUAUCCCCGAUGCGAAGGUGGUCUGGUCCAACAUCAGAUUCGGUCCUGUUGGCUCGACUGUCAAGAUCUAA